AUGGGCGACCAAGACAACAAAGCGAGCGGGCCGAAAGGGUCUGACAAGGCCCUGCUCGACCGUCUCAAUGCCCUCAAGCCCACCAACGUCACACUCGACAGCUCAUCAUCAACGUCCAUAACACCGGCCUCAACGAUAGAACGGGUAAAGCCUCCCAGCAGGGAGGAUGCGCUGUCAGACAGGCUCAAGAGUCUCAGAAGUCAGAUCGGGGCCGAGUCUGAGGCCUCCACUAUUACAAAAAAAGACUCUGGAUCACAGCCGUUACACACAGCCAAGAAUGCGGCACCUACCAAAGAUGCGCCACUGCAGCCGCCCUCAUCGGGGAAGGGCACCACCAUCACCAGCACCACCACCUCGGUAGCUUCUGCUCCUGCCCCGACAGGGGUCGCAAACGCAGAUGAUGACGAUGAUGACCCGCUUCUCAGCAUGACGGACGACCAGACCCUCGAAGACCUCCUGGCCGACCUCGAAUCUGACCAGCAAUGGGUCGAGGAAGUCGCUGCCGCCGAGGAGCAGGAGCAGCACAGGAAAGCGAUGGCGCUGCUAGAAGAGCUCAGUCCCGGCAAAGACGGCGCAGCCGUCGCUGAUGAUGACGGCGAUGACGAUGGUGAUGGUGACUCAGAACAUGCAGCGAGCAAAGUCAGGACAGCAAAGAAGGAUGGAGAUGAGAGCGACUCGGACAACUCAGACGGCGACGCCAUGGCUCGAGAAGCUGACGACCUGAUUGCCAGGGCAAUGGACGAGAUUGAGCUGGAGAGGAAGAACGGCGUCGUGCCAUCGCCGGGAUACGAAGGUGACCCUGCGGUCAUGAAGGAUACCGCCACCCUGAGCAACGACACUAGCAACAACAAAGACGAAGACUUCGCGGCAAGCAUAGCAUCCCGCAUGGCCGCCCUCAACGUCUCCACGCCCUCCGCAUCUCACCAUCCCCAGCACAAAACACAAUCGAACACCACGUCACUCCCCUCGGUCCCAGCAACAGAACCAGACCCUUUCGCCGCGCUUCUCCCUUCGGCACCAACGUUCUCCCCGCAAGACCCGGCAGCCAAGCCCGCAGUGGUCACCGGCGUCUUGCGUAGGACUGCCCGCCGCGGCGGCGCGUACACGGACGAGGACCAGAAGUCGUGGUGCACAGUCUGCCUGGACGACGCCACGAUACGUUGCCUCGGCUGUGACGAUGACGGGGCUGGCGGGAACGUCUACUGCGAACGGUGCUGGCGCGAGAUGCACGUCGGUCCUAUGGCUGGGUUUGACGAUCUCGGGCACAAGUGGGAGAAGUUUGAGCGCGGUCGGUGA